AUGCCCUCCUCACCAGAUACCGAGGUGCAGGAGCUUCUCAGUGACGUCGUUUGUGAGCAUCGAGUCCUAUGUUUUCAUGAUGCACGCCGGGGAAUGUGGGCUUUCAGUCGCGAGCACCUUUGGAUGACCAUGAAGAACCCGGGAGCCCACCACAAUCAUCAGGAGGUCCUUGAGGUGAAGGACUUCCGCUUGACAUCUGCGACUGUCUUGUCCCGAGACCAGGCUGCUGCUCAAAUUUUCCAAGGCAACCUCGAUGUAGUGAAGUUGAUAGAACGAAAAGCUGAAGCUUUGGUGGAUAGAUGGCUGGCAUGGUUCCGGAGUGAGACCACUGACCUGGCGGCCUGGGAUGGAAGUGUCAGUGUGGACAUGUGA